AUGGGUGAUUGUCCAUUUACUGCCAUGUUCUGUUAUGCACUAAGCGCUGGAUUGGAUGCCGUAGAUGGAAUGGUGGCAAGGAAGUACAAUCAAAGCAGUAGAUUUGGUGCUAUGCUCGAUCAGCUCACGGAUAGGUGUGGCACCAUGGCUCUGUGCAUGGCUUUGUGUAGAUUCUAUCCAACAUCGAUGUUCUGGAUUCAGUUUGUAAAUAUAUAUUGCCUAUGUCAUUGCAGAGGAGAAACAUUUCACAAAAUGGCUGACGAAUUAGCUCGAGUACAGCAGUAUGAAUAUCGACAGGGGGGUCUGCUAAUUACUAACUCCAACUUGGUGUUGCAAGUGGACUAUAAUCUUACCGAUCGACGUGGUCGCGAAGAGCCCACUGGUGAAGUUCUACCACUUUCUGACCGUGUCCUGAAGGGCAUGAAGAUGGGUGAUAAGUAUAUGCGCACGAAAGCACCUAUUCAGGAGCAAAAGAAAAAACGAAAGAAGAAGACGGAGGAGGAAGAUUUCCGUCUUAUGUCAAAAUCUGUCAUAGGAGAUAACACCGAGCUCAUGGGAAGCUAUAAACCACGCACACAGGAAACUAAGCAAACCUAUGAAGUAAUUCUUGCUUUCAUACAGGAAGCCAUUGGAGAUCAACCGCGUGAUAUCCUUUGUGGUGCAGCAGACGAGGUUCUAGCAGUGCUAAAGUCGGACAAAGUUAGGGAGAAAGAAAAGAAAAAAGAGGUGGAAUUACUCCUUGGUCCUUUGACCGACGAAAGAACUGCAGUGCUUAUCAACCUGGCUCGAAAAAUAACUGAUUUCUCCAUGGAGGAUGAACAUAAAAUGGAAAUGGUAACUCAUUUGGCCUCCCAACUUACUCUCCCAAUGUGUUGGAUGCCUAAGCAGCAUUUUCAGGAUGAGCUUGACGAAAACGAGGGUGUCAAUGUGCACUUUGACGAGUCAGAUGAAGAGCAAGAUGCUGUUAUCGAUGAAAUUAAAAAUGUCGACGAAAGCUCCAGCGAUGAUGAAGGCGGGGAAGAGGCUGAACAUAACGAAACCCUCCGAGGUGGAGGUUUCAAUGAAGAAGAAGAAAGAACUAAGAAAGAUGUUCUUCAUCCUCGAGAUAUUGAUGCUCAUUGGAUUCAACGCUCCUUAGCAAAGUUUUUCAACGAUCCCAAUUGUAGCUCAGCAAAAAGUAACGGAAGUUUUAAGUAUCUUGAAGUGUUAUUUUACGAGUUUCAGGAUUCAGCAGACGAUCGCGAGUGUGAGAACAAGCUGGUUCUUCUGCUUGGCUUCGAUCACUUUGACUUCAUCCGUAUUCUGCGGCAACACCGACACAUGGUUCUAUACUGUACUUUACUGAAACAAGCUCAAGAUGAAGAAAGAGUCAAGAUUGAAGAAGAAAUGAAAAUGAAGCCCGAACUGCACCACGUCUUGGCUCAGCUUCUUGAAACAGACGAAACUGAUAUUGUUGAGACUGAACGGGCUAAACGUGAAAAGACAGCACAAAGGAGAGCAGCGGCUGCUGCUGGAGAAGAAGCUGUAGCUGCCGGUCAAUGGUUGGCAGCCAGAAAAGUUCUCGAUCUCGAAGAUCUUACGUUUUCUCAAGGAAGCCAUCUAAUGAGCAACAAAAGUGCACUGAACAGCGAUGAACAUCUUCUUCUUUGUGCACCAACUGGAGCAGGUAAAACAAACGUCGCAUUGCUGACCAUUCUCCACGAGAUUGGAAAGCAUCUGAACGAAGAUGGCAGCGUAAAGCUGGACGAGUUCAAAUGCAUAUACAUUGCUCCCAUGAAAUCUCUUGUGCAAGAAAUGGUUGGAAAUUUCACGAAAAGACUGGCACCAUUCGGAAUAACUGUUGGGGAAAUGACAGGAGAUGCGCAGAUGAGCAAAGAGCAGUUCAUGGCAACUCAAGUCAUAGUAUGUACUCCAGAAAAGUACGACAUCGUUUCUAGGAAAGGUGGUGAACGUGCAUACAGUCAGCUGGUGCGGUUAGUGAUUAUUGACGAAAUUCAUUUGCUCCAUGAUGAUCGUGGGCCUGUUCUUGAAGCGAUUGUCGUUCAGGUACUAUUUUUCGUCCGUUAUGCUUCCAAUCGAUGCGGUGAACCAGUUCUUUGCAGAACUCUUCGCCAGGUUGAACAGACACAUGAUGACUGUCGUCUCGUUGGUCUCUCGGCGACCCUCCCUAAUUAUCAAGAUGUUGGAACUUUUCUUCGUGUUAAACCAGAACAUCUUUAUUACUUUGACAACAGCUAUCGACCUGUACCGUUGGAGCAGCAGUACAUAGGAGUCACUGAGAAGAAAGCCCUCAAACGUUUCCAAGCGAUGAAUGAGGUGGUGUAUGAUAAAAUUAUGGAGCACGCCGGCAAAAGUCAGGUACUCAUUUUCGUCCACUCUCGUAAGGAAACGGCUAAAACAGCGAAGGCAAUUCGUGAUGCAUGUCUUGAAAAGGACACGCUUAGCGCAUUCAUGCGCGAAGGCAGUGCUAGUACCGAAAUUCUUCGUACUGAGGCUGAACAAGUAAAGAAUCAUGAAUUGAAAGAUUUACUUCCAUAUGGAUUUGCUAUUCAUCAUGCCGGAAUGAACAGACUCGAUCGUACACUCGUUGAGGAUCUAUUUGCCGACAAGCACAUUCAGGUGUUAUUCUCCACCGCUACUCUAGCUUGGGGAGUGAACUUGCCAGCGCAUACCGUGAUCAUAAAAGGCACGCAAAUAUAUAGUCCAGAGAAAGGGCGCUGGACCGAACUUGGUGCCCUGGAUGUCAUGCAGAUGCUUGGUCGUGCUGGUCGUCCACAGUAUGAUUCCAAGGGCAAAGGAAUUCUGAUUACGAACCAUUCGGAAUUGCAGUUUUAUCUUUCCCUAAUGAACCAGCAGCUUCCUGUGGAAAGCCAGAUGAUAGCCAGGUUGCCGGACAUGCUUAAUGCCGAAGUAGUUCUUGGUACAAUCAGUAGUGUCAGUGACGCCAUGUCAUGGUUGGGCUAUACGUAUCUUUAUAUCCGAAUGUUGAAAUCUCCGGUGUUGUACGGUAUACCCCUCGAACAAGCGAAAUCUGACCCUCUACUUGAACAACGUCGUGCGGAUCUUAUACAUACGUCGUGCUUGCAACUUGAUAAAGGCAAUUUGGUGAAGUACGACAAGAAGAGUGGUUUGAUCCAGGUUCGAGAGGAAGAGAAGCUUGAGCUCCAAAAGUUGGCUGAACAUGUUCCCAUUCCCAUCAAAGAAAGCCUUGAUGAGAGUAGUGCUAAAACCAAUGUUCUCCUUCAGGCCUAUAUUUCGCAAUUGAAACUAGAUGGCUUCGCUUUGCAAUCUGACAUGGUGUUCAUUGCACAAUCUGCAGGCCGUCUAUUCAGAGCGUUGUACGAAAUAGUUCUAUGGCGAGGCUGGGCAGCUUUGGCACUGAAAGUGUUGAGUUUGUGCAAGAUGGUCACAGCACGUCAAUGGCAAUCUCUUAAUCCUCUUCACCAAUUCAAGAAAAUUCCUACAGAAAUUGUGCGCAGCAUUGACAAGAGAAAUUAUUCAUUCGAGCGUCUUUAUGAUUUGGAUCAGCAUCAACUUGGAGAGCUUAUUCGCAUGCCGAAAAUGGGGAAACCAUUGUACAAAUUCAUUAGACAGUUCCCGAAACUAGAAAUGACUACACUCAUCCAGCCGAUAACAAGAACUACUCUCCGUAUCGAAUUGACGAUCACUCCAGAUUUUCAAUGGGAUGAAAAGGUACAUGGUAGCGCGGAAGGAUUCUGGAUUUUUGUUGAAGAUGUAGAUGGUGAACUUAUUCUCCAUCAUGAAUAUUUUCUACUCAAGCAGAAGUUUUGCACAGAGGAGCAUGUGGUGAAGAUGUUUGUCCCUGUAUUUGAUCCGUUGCCGCCACUUUAUUUCGUAAGAAUCGUUUCGGAUAGAUGGCUCGGAUCUGAGACAGUGUUGCCUAUUUCAUUCCGUCACCUUGUACUACCAGAAAAGUAUCCUCCCCCAACGGAACUGCUCGAUCUGCAGCCUCUUCCAAUAUCUGCGCUAAACAACAAGCAGUUUGAAGCUGUAUUCCAGGCAAAGGAAAUUAAAAUAUUCAAUCCAAUACAAACACAAGUUUUCCGAACCGUUUACGAGAGUAACGAUAAUGUGCUGAUAGCCGCUCCAAAUGGCUCAGGAAAAACAGCCUGUGCUGAGCUUGCCAUUCUCCGCCACUUUGAGAAUCAUCCGGACGCUAAGUGUGUUUAUGUCACUCCAAUGGAAGAUAUGGCAACCAAGAUUUUCAAUGACUGGCAAGAUCGUAUCGGUAUGGCACUCGAUCGAACGGUGGUCCUUCUCACUGGCGAACCAUCAACCGACUUGAAACUACUCCAGCGUGGCAAGCUUAUUAUAGCUACUCCGGAAAGAUGGGACAACGUUUCUCGUCGAUGGAAGCAAAGAAAGAAUGUACAAGCUGUGAAACUGUUCGUCGUCGAUGAUCUGCAUAUGAUCGGUGGAACGAUUGGGUUGGACACAACUGUUCGCAUUGUCGGUCUAUCAUCAUCAUUGACCAAUGCACGCGACGUUGGUGCUUGGCUUGGCUGCUCGGCAGCUGCAACAUUCAAUUUCCUUCCAAAUACUCGACCUGUACCGUUGGAACUUUAUAUCCAGGGUUUCAAUUUGUCUCACACUGCUUCACGUUUGGCUGCUAUGGUCCGCCCUGUAUAUCAGGCCAUCAGUCGUCAUGCAGGAAAGCUGAAUCCAAAACCGGCUCUUGUAUUUGUUCCUGGGCGACGUCAGUCUCGAUCAACCGCGAUUGACCUACUAACCAUGGCCCAUGCAGACGGUUCUCCUCAACGUUUUCUGCAUAUUAGCGAGAAGGACGAGACUUUCCGCAAACUUCUGGAUUCCUUACAGGAUCAAACUCUCCGAGAGACGCUAUUGUGCGGUGUUGGAUUUUUGCAUGAAGGAACGCAUGCCAAGGAUUUCCAAAUUGUCGAGAAACUGUUCAGUAGCGGUGCCAUUCAGGUCUGCAUUGUACCACGUACGAUGUGCUACCAAGUUAGUAUGUUCGCGUACCUUGUUGUUAUCAUGGAUACUCAGUUUUAUAAUGGAAAGUACCAUGUAUACGAGGACUACCCCAUCGGAGACGUUCUGCAUAUGGUUGGACUAGCAAACAGACCGGGACGGGAUCCUGAUGCAAAAUGCGUGUUGAUGUGUCAAUCGUCAAAGAAGGAUUUCUUCAAGAAAUUCUUGUACGAACCGCUACCAGUUGAAUCACAUCUCGACCACUGCCUACAUGAUCAUUUCAAUGCAGAGAUUGUUACCAAAACUAUUGAGAACAAGCAGGACGCGAUUGAUUACCUUACAUGGACCUUCCUGUACCGUCGCAUGACCCAAAAUCCAAAUUAUUACAAUCUCCAAGAGAUUUCGCAUCGUCACUUAUCAGACGCCUUGUCGGAGCUGGUUGAGUUGACACUGAAGGAUUUGGAGAACAGCAAGUGUAUCGCAAUCAAAGAUGAUAUGGAUACCCUGCCAUUGAAUUUGGGAAUGAUAGCUGCAUACUACUACAUUUCUUACACUACUAUAGAGCUCUUCUCAAUGUCACUGCAAGCCAAAACCAAGCUGCGAGCACUUAUCGAAAUCAUUGCGAAUGCUAGUGAGUUUGCCUCAAUACCCAUGAGACAUCGGGAAGACGUAGUGAUGAAGCAGCUUGCUGCUCGGCUACCGGGACAACUGAAGAAUCAGAAGUUUUCUGAUCCGCAUGUAAAGGUAAACUUGCUGAUUCAUGCCCAUCUUUCUCGAAUCCAACUGUCAGCUGAGCUCAGUAAGGACACAGAUAUGAUAGUGCUGAAAGCAAUUCGUCUCGUGCAAGCUUGCGUUGAUGUUCUGUCAAGGUCUGUUUACUAUACUGUAAUGUUAUUAACAUCAAGCGUAGAAAAUGAGAAAGUGGAGUCAGUAUUCGAAUUAUUGGAAUUGGAUGAUGAUGAUCGUCGUGAUAUAUUGCGAAUGGAAGACGUGCAAUUGGCUGAUGUUGCGAAAUUCUGUAAUAACUAUCCGUCAAUUGAAGUUGAACAUGAGUUGGAGAACGACACCGUUACAAUUGGUGAUACACUACUGGUGAACGUAUCCAUGGAACGAGAAAAUCACAUAAAUGGUCUUGCACCUCCUGUCGUGGCACCACUUUUCCCUCAGAAGCGAAAAGAGGAAGGAUGGUGGCUUGUUGUAGGAGAUCCAGCUGCAAAUGCACUUUACUCCAUCAAGCGGUUGACCAUCAACGAGAAGGCAAAAAUGCAACUAGACUUUGUCGCGCAAAAUUCUGGUCGAUUCGAAUACAAGCUGUACUUUAUUUGUGACUCGUACUUGGGAGCCGAUCAAGAGUUUGAUUUCUCGAUUAAAGUAGAAGAUCAUAGUCGCAGCAGAAAACGACGAAGAGAUGACGACUGA